CUCUCACUCGCAGUUCUACUUCAGCGAGUGUUGGGUGCAGUGCGUCUAGCGUGCGGGGUUUCUCGUAAAGCGAGUAGAAAAAACGGAAAGUCCUCCGUUGCUGGAUAGUUUUGGCUUCGCCGUGCCGGUCCACUUUUUUCGCAGUCCGAGGUAGCGCUUCAACGGCCAAAAAAGAUGGUGCUGGCCGAUCGCAACGACGACUCUCGCAUCGGCCGCCGAUCGCACACCUCCAGUCCGAACGGGCACCUCACCGACGAAGGCAGCGCUACCGACGAGUCCGAACAAGACCAUGGCAUGCGUGUGGGCCACGAUUUUCAAGCAGUGAUUCCGGACAUAAUCUCAGCAACAGAGCCGUGCCCGGAGUUCACGCCUGAACGUGCUCUGCUGGUGUGGUCCCCAUGCCCCGACAUCUCGGACAGCAAGUUGGAUGAGUACAUGACACACGCCAAGGAGAAGUUCAGCUACAAUGCCGAACAGGCUCUGGGCAUGCUGUUCUGGCACAAGUAUGACCUUGAGAAGGCAGUGGCUGACCUUGCCAACUUCACCCCCUUCCCGGAUGAGUGGACGGUCGAGGACAAAGUGCUCUUCGAGCAGGCCUUCCAGUUCCAUGGCAAGAACUUCCACAAGAUACGGCAGAUGCUGCCGGACAAGACGAUCCCGAGCCUGGUGAAGUACUACUACUCCUGGAAGAAGACGCGCACGCGCACCAGCCUGAUGGACCGGCAGGCCCGCCGACUGGCCGGAUCCCGCGAGGAUGGCAGGUGGGAGACGAUGCAUCGAUGCCGCCCCUCUGCCUGCCUUCUGCGCUCCUCCGUCAUCGUCGCUGCCCCAUCCCAACACGAUGGGGCUUCGGAUGCUGGCUCUGAAAACGACAGCGACAUGGAGGUGGACAAUGCUGAAAAUAAGGAAGAGGCCAGCGCAGGGGGUCCCUGUUCCAGCUGUGGCUCCCCCAUGACCCAGGCAUACACUUCCAGCAAGGGCAGCCUGUGUGCAAGCUGCUACCAACACUGGAAGCGUUCAGGUGGCUGCAAGGGUGCCCUGGCCCCCGGGGGUCGCAAGCACCACGAGCGGCAGCCACCCAUACGUGGGGGUGGAGUGGCGGCCAACCGGAGGCGCCCGCCCCGAGGCAUGUGCCUUCAGUACCAGGACCUGGUUUCCAUGGCAACUGGACCCCCGGGACAGGGAGACGCCAUCCUGCGAGCCAUGGACUCUGAGCUGGUAGCCCUCAAACGCCAGGUGCAGAACAACAAGCAGAUGAUCAGCCAACUGCGCCACAAGACAGCUAUGGGCAUUGAAAACCUGCGGCCUCCCGAGGCCAAUGCCCGAGUAAAUGCCCGCUGGACCAAUGACGAGCUGCUCAUCGCCGUCCAGGGUAUCCGCAAGUAUGGCCGUGACUUCAAGGCCAUCGCCGAGGUGAUUGGCAACAAGACGGAGGCUCACGUGCGCAGCUUCUUUGUCAACUACCGUCGCCGGUACAACCUAGACGCAGUGCUCCAGGAGUUCGAGGCGGAGCACGGCAUCACUCCAGGAACUGAUGACACCAAGCCUGCAGGCGAGACAGAGCCAGCUGCAGCCGCGAAGGAAGCCGGUGGGCCCAACAGUCGGCCAGGGUCUCCAUGCGCCGUCACGGCGACCUCCGGCGCGGCCAUGCUUGCCAACGGAAGCGGAGGCCCCGUUGGGGCUGGCAACCCUCCUCCACUUCUGCGACCACCCCCCGGUUCUCCGUCGUCCCAGCCACUGACAGUCCCCAAGGGACCCACCCAGCUUGCACAGGCUGCUCCCAGGUCUGGAAACUGGUCAAUUCUACAGCAGCCACCUCCCCUGAUCCGACCGACCGCGGCCUCUACAACCACCACCGUCCACACCAAGCCCACACAGAUGCACAACGCCCUCUGAAGAUGUCUGCUGCCGCCUCGGUAGCACGACCGCUGCAUCCAGUGUGUGUAAUGGCUGCGCGCAUUUUCUCAACCGGCUCGACCCCCGUGGAGGCGGAACUGAUUUGCCGCUUGCCACCUCUUCUCAUUUGCGCAUUGUGUUAAUAAACGUGGACAAGUGUCUCUCCUGUCGUGUGCCCUAUCCGCGGAGAAGUGAUGUGGUGUGCCGAAUGGAAAUUACUCCAGUGUGAGAGUGCGACAGUGACAUUUGCCGAUGCACUGGGCUGUGCUCUCUGCCCAGCAGUUUGUUCCAGGAACUGAUGAGUGUGCUGAACUUCUCGUGGCACCCCACGGCCUCACUGCUCAUGCGCAACUUGAACGCAGCCUGCAUUUGGCUGUGCCCGGCGCUCUUCUCGUCGAGUGACUGCAAUGCUUCGAUUGGUUGACACACUUGGUCGCCUAUUUUCGACUACCGCACUUCUUGCCCAACUCAACUUUCUCGUGGCUCCGCUGGUGUUGUGUAAGUCGGCCUUUGCAGCUACAGUGUGGAAGCCUAUGGGCAGUGAAACUUUUGCCAAGUUAUUUUUUUGUUUCCUUGCCUCGCUACAACAUGCAAGUCGCGGCAGUCGAAUUAUCCAGCACUGCAAAAGGGUGUGUGUGCGGGACAUUUGUGCGGCAGCCCUCGAAGUGGAUUGUGGCAGCGUUGCGAAUUCCGUUGGCGUGUCUGAACCUUGCGUCGGCACUCAAUGGCUCGGCAGUGUCUGUUCCACUCGGUCACGACAGAAAGCGGUAGCUGAUACCGAAAAUUGAAAAUACUGGCCGUGUUGACUGGAUUAGGUGGCGAGUUUUCAGAGCACAAGAUUGUUAGAUCAUGGCUGAGUCAUUAACAUUGAUGAUGGAUGAAUGAUGUCUGCACCAUGCAUCAGCCGCCAUGGCUUUGGGGCGGCGCUGCGCGCAAUAUUUUUGUCACUUGGUAAGCCACUGCUACAAGCCUGUGAGCACUGUACGCGUGCUCAACUGUGAGGCAUUGGCUGCUGACUGCAUGAAUCAUCCUGGUUCAGCGAAAUUAAGGCAGUGCUGCACUCACUCAAUGGGUCUGGAGUGCGUUGACUUUGUCAGUGCUUGUCAAAAAACACACAACACACCAUGCUUUCACCAGCCUCAAAUUGGAGCAUCAUUGUCUUUAGGUUUACUCGCUGGUCGAUGCUCAUGCUACGAACUGGGCCAUUGCAGGCGUUCAUUUAGAAGACAUGUGCCAAGCACGUGACAACUUCCAUCAAUCUUUUUUCAAACGGGCCAGCUAGCUCUUACAUAUGUACAUAGUCCACUGGAAUCUUGUAAUUCUGAAGUGAUUAAAGAGCUCAAAAUUGUCUCAACAAUGCAAUUCGUGUCUUGUGUAACGACUGCGUUGCACAAACACUGAUGUUGCAUGCCACUGUUGGGACACCUCAAUGAUGGGUUGUGUGCGACCAUGCCAAGUGUGUGAGCAAAUAAGUCACAAAUAAGCCAGUAUAGUAGUAGUAUAAUAUAUGAUAGCUUCUUCUUAUCGAUAUGUGUGUUUAUCUUCCUAUUUAAUUGUUCCCCAAGUCUUUUGGAAGGCUUGGUGAAAUAUCAGAAUGGCUUCUAUGUUUCAAGUGUGUUGAGUUAGCUUUUGCAAUCAGUACUGCACGAGCAAACUGUUUAGCCUAGUCUGAGCAGACAAGGUGGGCAGCAUCCUGUGAGGGUCAAAAUCCUUCGAUGAAUUUGGUUUGCUAAGCAACGCGGACUUCCGGUCUAGCUGGCUCACGAUGAUAGCUCUUUUUGUGCACAAACACGUUUCGAAUUUAUCAAGAAAACUGUGGUGUCACUUGUUAAACAAGCUCACACUCUGCCUCGCAAAUGUCUUGCAGUACAGUAAAGUCUAGCGCUUGCAUCAGCCAAUCAGUAAGCCACUGUUUCUCUUGUGGAGCUGCUGUUCAUUCAACGUCGUGCGUUUGAGUAGAGGCACACAACCGAGGUCCCAGCUAUUCACACAGAAUCUGCUUGGACAGCACUUCAUGGUGAUCGCAGAGAUAAAGAACGGCUCGACAAUUGUGCACUCAAUUUCAAUGCCCUUGAAUAGACACCAUGUGUCGAUGGCUGCAAAACUGGAGCUAACCUUGACUGAGUGAAUGCAUGUGAAGAGCCAAGGUGGGGUUUAGUUGGUUGUGCAUAGCUAAGUGAUGCAGCGUGCUGUAUCACUUAGCUAUGCACACGAAGAGGAGGGGCUACUUCAGUCGACACACUUACGAGGCAUACUUGUGAAUGAAGUCGUGAGAGCUUACAAUGGCAGCAUGUGGAGAGAAGACGUCCACUUUAGUUGACCAAACCACCAUGAGCUCUAGGUAUGUUGGUACUGUCCUAUGCACAUACAACAGAGGCAAGUAUUGCUUGCUGUUGCCACAAGAGAAAAAGAAGUCAAGCUUGCCUCUCGCUACAAUUGGGGUCUUAGUGAGCAAAAUAAUCGAGUGCAUUCAUGCAAAAGUCUUGAUCUUCUUUAAACUUGGUCACCACUGUUAUCAAGGUGCUUGGAGUUGGCUUUCAGCCCAUUUGGUGUCCAUCUUGAUGGUGUGUGAUGUUAUCAAAACCUGUCAUCCUCCUAGGAGUUUUCUACACUUAUUUUGCAGAAAUUGCUUGUUGUCUGGUAUCUUAUUGCAAUAGAUGCAUGUCUUGUGUGUUUUAUGUUCAGUGUUUGUUUCCUUCCUUCUACAAAUGAGGAAUAUUUGUUCUGUGAAUUUCGGUCUGCAGUUCUUUUCGUUCUUUCAUUGGAAAACUUAGCUGCCAACCUGGGCAGUGACUGUGUGUGAUGUGCAUGCCUGAAAUUUGGGAAGUUUUUAUUUUGUCUGGCCCCUUAAGUUCCAACUCGCUGCGGGUGAAUGCCUGUCCCUGCACGAAUUGUAUUAGCUUGCUGGAAGAAGGCAGGAAAGACUACUGCAUGCAAUUGUGUGAUGUGGAGACACUUUUAUCAUCACUUGUGUGUAUCAUCAGUUGUUUAACAUCAGUUGUGUAUGUAUAAAGUUUCCUCGUAAUCGUGCUUGUGGCUGAUUGCUCUUUCGCAAAAUCUUUUAUCCACUAGUAACAGAGUUCAUUACAUUUCGAGAACGCGCACCGACAUAUGUGACUCACCUGUUUGUGUUGCCUUUAGCAGUUGCCCCUUUUGCACUGUGAAAUGGUGUAGGCUUAAGAGCUUCUUCCUAAAGGACUGCGUUUUCAUUGCACAAAGGAAAGUUCACGGCUUCAGUGAAGCACGAGAGAAACAUGAGUUUGGUGCUGUAGUGCUGGCAUUCACUUACAGGCACUGACCUUCUAGCAUGCACGUCACCUAGUGUACACAAUAUUCUCUAGAGGUCUCAACUGUAUGCAUGUGCCAUGAGAGAUCAGUUCCUGAAAUGACGUCUUUUCAUUCUUCGAAGUGCUGUGCCCAAUGUCUGUGCCUGUUGUGAAUCUUGUGGGCACAGCCUUCCAUUAUUCUCUGGCCCCAUGAUGGCCGAAAGCCUUAAUCCGUGAGGCUCAUGCAAGGUUCCGUUGGACAUGUGUGGUUACGAAAGGGUAAUAAACAAUGUGGCUGGCAGUCAACUUUUUCCCCCCUCUCCAUUCUUCCGCUCGUUUGUUCUGUGCAUCGUGGCAUGCUUGUGUCUGAAUGCGCAUGGUUAAGUGCAGUCUUUUGAGCAGAGAUUCGUGAGGUUUGCAACUCUCUAUCCGCAUCCUGCUGCUUACUACUUCGCUUCUGCUUUGGAUAUCCACCGCCUCUGCAAUCUUUCCGAGACACUAAAUGAACACAGUUGCUCAAUAGUUAUCAAGAAAAAUGUUCCUUGCUGCCUUGUGUGUAUGUAAAUGGUAUGCUGGUGCUGUCACAGUGACUGUAGUAGUGAAGCCUGUGUCGAGCACUGAAACCUGUCAGUAAUGAUUAAAUGCUGUAGGCUGUGUGAGUGUCAAUGCAUCGCACAUUUAUGCGUGAGCUUUCUUGUGCAAGCCCUCUCGACUGUAGGGAGCUGGGAUUCCCCAUUGCACUAUUGUUUAUGUUUUGUUGCUUUGUUGGGUUUUGUGUCUGCUUUUAGCGACGCUCUUGCACUGUAACGCAGUAUGCCACUUAACUGCCGGUCUUUCGGACGUGGAGUUCUCAUGGUGUGGCAGCUCGUGGGCUUGGAGCCAGUGGUUCCCAGAAGUGUGUGAAUCCUGAACAGAAUUGUGUUACUUGCCUGUUUUAGGUGUUACCGUGCUUUGUGCUGGAACCUGUAUUUGUAAAUCCUCCACUGCCACUCAUAUUCUAAAGCUUAUCUUUUCAUUUCAACGUGUUCAAGUACACUAGAAAAAGCAGCCAUGUGCACAAACACGUUUGUUUACACGUGCUGCCAUGUGAAUACUUUUGCCGUUUCAAAAGUUGGCCUACAUCUCUAUUUAGAUACAAAUCCGACAUUCCACAAAACUGUAAAUUUUGGGGAAAGUGGUGGUAAAUUGAACCGUUCUAGGAUGCAGAAAGUUUUUUUUUUUUUCUCCGAAACACCGUGUAUUAGAAAAAAAAAAAGUUAAGGCGUUUUUGUAUGGGUAAGACACUAAUCAUAUACUUUUGUAGUGUGCAUUUAGAAAUUGUGAAUGUACAGCAAUGUGGCACAAUCACAGCAGUUGAGCCAUUCUUGGUGGAGGCCGGGUGGUUUUCCGGAGGGAAACGUGAACUAGCCCAUUGAAGCAAAAUUGUGUAGGAACUUUCUGCUGCGUUUACAGCAAAUUUGCUGCGGUGUUACUGCCCAUUCUUGGUUCACAGGCUGUGCGUUGCACAACAGCCGUGAUGUUAUUGUAAGCUGAAAUAUAGAUAGAUACAUGCCCUUUGGCACCAGAUUGAGCAAGGGAGUAAAGCGGGACAAAUGUGGCAUACAAGUAAUUGUGGCUGCAUCAAACAUUUGUAGCAGCUACCUAUGCUACGCACUUUGCAACAGACAGGACAUCACGGUACCUGUCCCCAAGCUUAUUUGCAGUUCUGUCUUAUCGUUUGCAUCCACGUAAACGAUAAGACGUGCAGGACAGAGCUCGUGUGGUGCUUAUCUUGCCAGCAGUCCCCACCAGGGGUGCAUCUAAAUAUAUUAGAAUGCGUACGAGCUAGAAUUGAUGUGUGGUGACUGUGCCCUGCAAAUUGGAUGUGCAAACACCUGGUAGCAUCAAAAGCUGGAAAAUGCGACGAGAUGCAUUUUGUUUAGUUGAUGGUUCGAAGGGUUCAUCAAGGUCACCCAGAAGUCGUGUGUUAGGGCAGUGCGAUGUGUUGCAAACUUUGUGUGUUUUGUUUGUUUUCGCCCCCGUCAGAGUUUUAAGAGGUGGUGCUUUGAUUAUGCAGUUGUUUUUGAAGGUCUGGCUUGAAGCGAGAUUUACUCACUCCUGUGCACAGGUCUUUUUUGUAGAGCAGAUUGCAGGUUUGCAAGAGUGGCACCUUUGAAUGAUUGCGGCUCAGUGAAGUAGUUUUAAUUUAUGUUGUGUGCGUGGUGAGACCUGUUUUUGUGCCUGUUUGAUAGGAGUGAAUGUUUAGGUGAUGUGCAUAGAAAAAAGAAAUAAAACAAAACUUAUACUUUCA